CUUCCCCAUCCGACGGCCGUCUUUCCCAAGAGCCUAUCCGCGCCAGCUCCCCGCACUCUCUCUUCUCUCUCUUUUUUUCCCAUAAUUUUUUUUAAAGCGCGGCGCAAAUGAUUCACCCAAAAUUUUGUGGAAGAAAGGUUUAGGCAAGUUCAUUCGAAUUUUUCUCCACAAAGCCCGACCCUAUAUAAAGGGCUAUCGCCUCUCUUACCUCUUUCGUGUCGCCGUUCCUUCGGAAUCGCCUCCACUCUUCUUCGGAAAAAAG